AAAACAAAUUUUAAGGAAGAGUCCUACUCUCUGAUUACUAAGCGUCGAGAUCUCUGCUUGAAUCUUUCAAUCCCACAAAUUCGGAUUUGUUCUCUUUACAUAUGGAAGCUUCGAUUUCGUUGCUUGGGUCAACAAAACCCAAUCUUUCACCCUUUGUUCCUUCUUCGAACGUCCUCCAUCGUCGUCUUCGGCGAGAUUUUCCAGUUCCCGCUUUGAAAUUGAAGAACGUUUCAGGCUUACAGCGAAUCUCGCACCAGAACCGCCUGCUCAGAGCUCAGUGCUCCAAUGGAUUGGGACCAGUGGGAGACGAUGGGUUUGUGCUAGAAGACGUCCCUCACUUGACAAAUUUUCUCCCUGACUUACCGUCGUACCCAAAUCCAUUGAAGGAAAGCCAAGCAUAUGCCAUUGUUAAGCGAACCUUUGUCAGUUCCGAAGAUGUGGUUGCCCAAAAUAUUGUAGUUCAGAAAGGAAGUAAGCGAGGAGUACACUUUAGGCGAGCAGGGCCUCGAGAAAGAGUGUACUUCAAAUCAGAUGAAGUGAAAGCUUGCAUAGUGACAUGUGGCGGUUUGUGCCCUGGGAUAAAUACAGUCAUACGGGAAAUUGUAUGUGGAUUGAACAAUAUGUAUGGUGUCAAUAAUAUUCUUGGCAUUCAGGGAGGAUAUAGAGGCUUCUACUCCAAAAACACAAUGACCCUGACACCUAAAGUAGUCAAUGAUAUCCAUAAACGCGGUGGCACUUUUCUUCAAACCUCAAGAGGAGGACACGAUACAGCAAAGAUUGUUGAUAACAUACAAGAUAGAGGAAUAAAUCAGGUGUAUAUUAUUGGAGGUGACGGAACGCAAAAGGGUGCAGAAAAAAUAUACCAGGAAGUUGAGAGGCGUGGUCUUCAAGUGGCAGUUUCUGGCAUUCCCAAGACAAUUGAUAACGAUAUUGCUGUAAUUGACAAAUCUUUUGGAUUUGAUACCGCUGUUGAGGAAGCUCAGAGAGCUAUUAAUGCUGCACACGUAGAGGUCGAGAGCGUAGAAAAUGGAGUUGGUAUUGUUAAACUGAUGGGCAGAUACAGCGGUAAAUGUUCUGUUGGCAUAUGUGGUCUACGUUCUUUUACGAGUCGCUUACGCAAAUAUCAUCUUUCUAUAGGUUUUAUUGCCAUGAUUGCAACUUUAGCGAACCGUGAUGUGGAUUGUUGCUUGAUUCCGGAGUCUCCAUUCUUUCUUGAAGGAAAAGGUGGACUCUUUGAGUUUAUUGAACAACGACUCAAAGAGAACAGGCACAUGGUGAUUGUGAUAGCUGAAGGAGCUGGACAGGAUUAUGUUUCUCAAAGCAUGCGUGCAUCUGAAACUAAAGACGCGUCAGGAAAUAGACUCUUGCUUGAUGUUGGUCUAUGGUUGACUCAACAGAUAAAGGAUCACUUUACAAAUGUUCGGAAAAUGACCAUAAAUAUGAAGUACAUAGAUCCGACGUAUAUGAUAAGAGCAAUACCGAGUAACGCAUCAGACAAUCUCUAUUGCACUCUUCUUGCCCAAAGUGCAGUUCAUGGAGCAAUGGCCGGGUUUUCGGGUUUCACUGUGGGACCAGUUAACAGCAGACAUGCUUACAUCCCAAUUUCUCGGGUGACUGAAGUGACCAAUACGGUGAAGUUAACGGAUAGGAUGUGGGCUAGACUCCUUGCAUCGACAAAUCAACCGAGUUUCUUGACUGGUGAGGGAGCAUUGCAGAAUGUGAUCGACAUGGAAACUCAAGAAAUGAUCGAUAACAUGAAGAUCUCUUCUAUCUAAUAACAGGUCAGCUCAUCAAAUGUAUAUUAGACCAUAUGCAUAGAAAAUAUAUCUUCAACGACAACCACGAUGUAUUUCAUUGGGUUUAUAAAGAAUUAUUUUGUUUACUUAUUCGUAAUAAUAAUACUCAUCCAUCCAUCUCAACGGUGGGAAUGAGAUUGAGAUUGAGAU